GGACUCUUUGAUCGAGCUUGUUCCAGCGAGGAAGUGAAUCUAUUAAUACACGAUGAGCUGCAGCCAGAUGAAGGAUUUCACGGUCUUUAUGACGAAGCUAUUGAUUCCUUGGAAAAAAAGUUACGAAAAGUCUUGCCGAAUACAUUCUACGGGAUUCAUAGCUUCAUCGAGGUUAGUGGUGAAACAGCUCUCCAACCCCAAAUUGAGAAAGACGCCGGGAUUAUAGUAUCGUUGUAGAAGUCGUUAAGUUUCAAUACUACGCCUAGAUAUUUGGUUUCCUAGCCCAGAAGAUACUGGAAAAAAGAAAUGAACCUAGUAUAUGGCCUCGCUCACCAUGAGUUCUCCGUAGCUCAAGUGGAUAGAGCGCCCGCCCGGUGUUUGGGAGGUCACAGGUUCCGCGAAUCCUGUCGGGAACUCAGAUUUUUUCUUUGUCCUACACUCGUGCCAUGUUGAUCAUGUCAUUUUCACAAGAUACUGGACGUCUUUAAAAAGGGUCUGGCACACGAAAACCAGCCAGCAGAAUUAUUCUUAAAAAUACUAAAGGUGAUAGUUUUUAAUAGAGAGAAAGGUACAAAGAAUUAGACCUUUUUACCGAUACGGCGGCCAUAUUAAAUUAAUUCGAUUUAAGAAGUAUUAUGGGAUGUCCAGGGGGCAUGAGCACAUUUCGUUUGUAUUUUCGAGCGCUUUUCGGGAUAUGUUUUCUUAAAGUUUUCUUAGAAUAAGAUUGUACUGGAAAAAAAAGAUCCUUGUGCUGUGUUUUGAUGUAAUAAUGAUCGCCUUUUUCCCGAGAAAUAUACAGUGAAAGACCUUAUUUCUAAGACUAAACUAGAAAAAGGAGAUCAUUAUUACAUCCAAACACGGCACAAGGAUCUUUUUUCCCAUAACAAUCUUAUUCUAAGAAAACUUUAAGAAAAAAUGUCCCGAAGAGCGCUCGAAAAUACAAACGAAAUGUGCUCAUACCCUCUGGGCAUCCUAUAAUACUCCUUAAAUCGAAUUAAUUCAAUAUGGCCGCCGUAUCGGUAAAAAAGUCCAUUGAAACGCGGGUAAAUGAAUGCUAUCCUCAAUGCCAAUCGCUGAUUUUGCCUCUAAGAAAUACGUUUAGCGAUUCCGAUACUUUUGCCCUGAGUGCUGAUCGAGAGAGGUUUCUGCAACUAGGGUCACGCCUCUUGGUAAAUAUAAACUAUAUAUAUAUUUAACAAUUAUCCCACGAGUGCGCGUUGGAUAUGAGUUGGCUAUAAUCAUCUCAUAUCCAACAAGCGCAAGUGGAAUAAUUGUUUUAUUAAAAACGCCCACAAAAUAUCGAGAAUUCUUCCCGACUUUAUUUCUAAAAACCAACGGAUUUUCAGCUUGUUUUUAAUUUUGAGCAGGUGCUUACAUUCACCACAUUUGGAGAGCAUGGUAUAAUGGCUCAUAUACCAUGAUGGCUAAGCCAAUCAGAGCUCUAGAAUUGCAUUAUCCAAUGAUUUAGUUUUUAAUAAAUAUAUAUAUAUCUACCAAGAAAGUGGUAAAAAUGCUAUGACUAGACUCUACAUACCUGCCUUAUAUUUGUAGGCUGGAUCUAUUGCAAAGGGCACUGCAUUAAAAAACGACUCCGACCUAAACUGCGUGAUGAUCACGAAGAACAUUAAAGACGCUUCCCAGUUAAAAGCAAAACUACCCGACGUCCUGCGUGACCUAAAGAAACGUUUGGGGAGCAGUAUGGGGGUCAGAUGGAAACUAACUUUAAAAGAGAAAACGCCGUUUUCGUUGGUGUUUAACAUGUCACGUCAUUCCAACCCUAAAGACACUAUUACGGUUGCUGUCUUGCCAACAUUUGAGGCAAACGUAGAAGGUAACAAUGGUAUGUACUUAUUUAAUUUGGUGUAACAUCUUGAAUUUCUUAAAAUUUUGUUUCCCCUAAAUAUCUUCAAUGAGCUUAGUAAUGUGCUCAAAGCCCUUUUAGAUAAAGACCUGAACUCAUGGUCGCUCCAAGUAAAAUUUCGGAAAAAUGAGAAUAUCUCCUCAUCAGGGUCUCUCGUUCCUACAAGAUGGCGACCGUGUUUGGCCUGAGUCCAUUUGGCUUUUUAUUUGCUGGCGUAUUUUUGCUGUCUCACCUCGUUUUUUUUUUGCCUUUUUGCCCCCACUACAGAGCCUGGUUCCAGGCUACGACCGUGUCAAAUUCGCCAACCUUGGGACUUACAUACACUCAAAUGCCUACCCGGGGUACAGCUUCCAAAAUCAAUUUCUAUGGGUGGACGGCACGUCCUCAUAAUAGCCACAAUAAUAGCGAUAACGGCUAGAAACCCGGUCUGUUUUAAUUAGUCUCUACCGGUGUCGUGAUUAUGUCUUUCAAAUUUCAUUGUGUCAGUUCACUUAGUAUUCCCCAACACUGGGAAGUGCAACAGACAUACAAAAUCUUGAGAAAAACGAUUCAUCCGCUUUUUGUAAAAAUAUUUUUAUGACGUUAAGUCUGAGAAGAAAUUAAAUAUUCUUUGUCUUAAAAGGAGAAAAGUUUUACAAAGAAAUGCUUAGCGAUACUAAAGAGAACUGGCCUUACUACUCUGCUGCGCUUGUGAAGAUACAAAGGGACUUCGUCAAAAAACGGCCCGCAAGCGUAAAAGACCUGAUUCGAAUGGUGAAGUACUGGCGCAAGACGUAUAUUCCACAGAGUGGUAGUAAGCAUGUCCCGCCCUCCUAUCUGCUGGAGCUUCUCACAAUACAGGCUUGGGAAAAUGCAAAUCCUCUGAAUCCUCCAGAGAGCUUUGACAUGAAGAUUGGUUUUAAAGCUGUUAUGGAGGUUCUAAAGAAUCACGAAAGUCUUCGUGUUUCUUGGGAAGAUUACUACAGAAGGGAUUUGAUUCCAAACAGGUAGAUUCACGGAGAGUUUAAAAUUGUUUUUACUACUAUAGGAAUAAGAGAGCCGCUUUUUACAUUCUCGACGACAUAGGCGUCUCGGAUGUCGUUAAACCGGCAUAAAAUUUCUACAAACCUCCCUUUACUUUCCCCUCCCUCUCAUGCAUUGGGUCUUACAUGUAUUUUCAUAAUCCUUUUACUUUAUAUACAAGUAAUGGCUCUCAUGGCAAGACAUUCGUAACACGUUGUUGAUUUUAAAAAUAUAGCAAUUGCGCAAACUUUCUUUCACUAUAGAAUUUUAUUCAUGGUAUAUUUUCUUUUUUGGCAUUUCAGUCUUCUGAAGAAGGCAUAUAUCAUUGAUCCUGCCAGCCCAAUCAACAACCUGUACGCCCGUGUUAACUGCUGGGAUGAGGUGCAAAAGGUUGCAGAAGAAACCAUGCGGAAACCCCUUCUCAGAGAUGUACGGGUUACUUUUAACUGGGGGUGA